AGACUGCAGACCCGCGGCCGCCGCGCCACACACACGGCACCGCCGCCUGCUCCGAGCCUCACCCAUCCCGUAGGCGGCGGCGGCGGCAUCAGCAGCGGAGGAGAAAAGGCCUUCCGGCUGCGGACGCCAGCGGACCAGCCACGCGCCCCCCUCCGAUCCGCGAGACGCUUCCCUCCAAAUCCCAAAAAAGCACGAACGCGCGGCGCCAUGGCGGAGCGCCUCGCCGCCUCCCUCCUCCCAGCGGCCUCCUCCUCCCCGUCGGCCCGCCGCGCCACGGUCGGGGCCGCGGCCGCCGCGUCCUUCCCUUGCUCGUGCCCCGCCCGCGCGGGGCUGCGCCUCCGCUCCUCCUCCCGUGGCCCGGCCCGCUUCUCCAAGGCAGCCGGCCGCGGCGGCGGCGGCGGCGGCGGCGCGCUGCGGGUGGUCCGGUGCAUGGCGGCGUCGGACGCGGCGCAGCUCAAGGGCGCGCGGGAGGACAUCAGGGAGCUCCUCAAGACCACGUACUGCCACCCGAUCAUGGUCCGUCUUGGGUGGCAUGAUUCUGGUACGUAUGACGAGAAUAUUGAGGAGUGGCCCCAGCGAGGCGGAGCUGAUGGAAGCUUAAGGUUUCAACCUGAGUUGAAUCAUGGAGCCAAUGCAGGUCUGAUUAAUGCUUUGAAGCUUAUCCAACCUAUCAAGGACAAAUACCCAGGUAUCACUUACGCGGAUUUGUUCCAAUUGGCGAGUGCUACUGCAAUUGAGGAAGCUGGUGGCCCAAAAAUUCCAAUGAAAUACGGACGGGUGGAUGUCACAGCACCUGAGCAAUGUCCACCUGAGGGGAGGCUUCCUGAUGCUGGCCCACGUGAUCCUGCUGAACACCUUAGGGAGGUAUUCUAUAGAAUGGGCCUCGAUGACAAGGAAAUCGUUGCAUUGUCUGGAGCACAUACACUUGGAAGAGCAAGGCCUGACCGGAGUGGCUGGGGAAAGCCAGAAACAAAAUAUACUAAGGAUGGGCCUGGUGAACCUGGAGGGCAAUCAUGGACAGUUGAAUGGUUGAAGUUUGAUAACAGUUACUUCAAGGACAUGAAGUUUCUGAGCCAGCUCCCAUGGAAAGAGCGGGCGGACCAGGAUCUUCUAGUUUUGCCCACCGAUGCUGCACUAUUUGAGGAUCCAGCUUUCAAGGUGUACGCAGAAAAAUAUGCAGAGGACCAGGAAGCCUUCUUUAAAGAUUAUGCUGAAGCUCAUGCUAAACUGAGCGACCUUGGUGCAAAGUUUGAUCCUCCUGAGGGAUUCGCACUGGACGAUGACUCGAGCGAUGAGCCAGCAGACGAAAAGAAGGAAGAAGCUGCACCAACACCGGAACCGGCAGCUGCAGCAGCACCAACGCCACCACCACCGCCACCAGCAGCUGCAGCACCGCCACUGCCGCCGACACCGACACUGACACCAGAGCCAGAGCCAGCAGCAGUGCCGGCACCAGAACCAGUAGCAGCAGCAGUAGCAACAGCGACAGCGGACGAUAACAACGGCGCGCCACCGCAGCCGAAGCCUUUAUUUGCUGCCGAAUACUCUUACGCAAAGAGGGAGCUGUCGGACUCGAUGAAGCAGAAGAUCCGGGCGGAGUACGAGGGGUUCGGGGGCAGCCCGGACAAGCCCCUGCAGUCCAACUACUUCCUCAACAUCAUGAUCCUCAUCGCAGGGCUGGCGUUCCUGACGUCUCUGGUUGGCAACUGAGAACGUUUUGAUCCUGAUGAACUUUACGAGUGUCCAUAGCAUAUUCUGUGAAGUUUACGUAAACUUUGUAAACAGUUUUUUUUCGAAAUUCGGAAAGAGAUGUAUAGCAAGUGUUCAAGAACCAAUAACCUAGCUAUCAGCACAUAUAUACAAUAAAUGGAUGGAUGUACUUUUGCAGUUUUUAAAAUAAUGUAAAUAUUGGAGUUUCUCUUUCCCAAAACUGAAUAAUUGAUGCUGAGAUAGGCAUGUGAAGUUAACUCA